AAAGAAGCGGGUCUCUUCAGGGUCGGCCAUCUUGUGCGGUCGCGGGCAGGGGUCCGGGGCCUGGGCAGCAUCGGAGGAGCAUCCCGCCGACAAGGGCCCAUCAUGCCCGGACACCUGCAGGAAGGGUUCGGCUGCGUCGUCACCAACCGCUUCGACCAGCUCUUUGACGACGAGUCCGACCCCUUCGAGGUGCUGCAGGCGGCCGAGACCCGCCGGAAAGAGAGCGGCGGCGGCAGCAGCCAGGGGGGCGGCGGCGGCGGCGGGGCCCGCAGCGGCCCGGGGGCGCCGGCCAACUCGUCGGGCGGGGCCGGCGGCGGCGGCGCGGGGCAGGCGGGGGCCGGCGGCGGCCCGGGCAGCGCGGCCAAGCAGCUGCGCAGGGAGUCGCAGAAGGAGCGCAAGAACCCGCUGCCGCCCUUCGCCUCCGCGCCCGGGGGCGCCGCCGAGCGCCGGGACGAGGGCAGCGCCCAGCCCGCCGCGCCGCUGCGCAAGGAAGGGAUAAGACGAAUUGGCAGAAGGCCCGAUCAACAGCAGCAGCAGCCUCAGGGUGAAGGCAAACCCAUUGACAGGAGGCAGGAGAGACGACCUCCGCGUGAGCGCCGAUUUGAUAAGCCUGCUGAUGAGAAGGGUGAAGGAGGAGAGUUUUCUGUGGAUAAACCCAUUCUUGACCGACCUAUGCGUGGUCGUGGUGGUCUAGGUGGAAGAGGACGUGGACGUGGUCGUGGCAUGGGCAGAGGAGAUGGAUUUGACUCUCGUGGCAAACGUGAAUUUGACAGGCAUAGUGGAAGUGAUAGAUCUUCUCUUUCACAUUCACAUUUCAGUGGCCUAAAGCAUGAGGACAAGCGUGGUGGCAGUGGAUCGCACAACUGGGGAACCGUCAAAGAUGAGCUAACUGACCUGGAUCAGUCAAAUGUAACAGAGGAAACGCCAGAAGGAGAGGAACAUCCACCUGCUGAUUCUGAGAAUAAAGAGAAUGAGGUUGAAGAGGUUAAGGAAGAAGGUCCUAAAGAAAUGACCCUGGAUGAAUGGAAAGCUAUUCAAAGUAAGGAUCGUGCAAAGGUUGAGUUCAACAUCCGUAAACCAAAUGAGGGUGCUGAUGGGCAAUGGAAAAAAGGAUUUGUUCUCCAUAAGUCAAAGAGUGAGGAGACAAAGGCGAUGACAGAAAUGCAGGGGAGUCUGCUGGAAUCAAAUGAGGCUCAUGCUGAAGACUCUGUAAUUGAUCAUCACUUCCGUAAACCAGCAAAUGAUAUCACAUCCCAGCUGGAGAUCAAUUUUGGAGAUCUUGGUCGCCCCGGACGUGGUGGCAGAGGUGGUAGAGGUGGCCGAGGACGUGGUGGAAGGUCCAAUCGUGGAAGCAGAACUGACAAGUUGGUUAAGGAGUUUGACGUGAUCCACACACCCAGCCAGUCAAGUGCUUCUGCUCCUGAUGUAGAUGACCCAGAGGCUUUCCCAGCUUUGUCCUAAACCGGAUGUCAUAAGCCAACCCUGACCCAUCAUUGGGCCCUCCUCUACGAGGCUUGCAUGCUUAAGGAUCCUAAACAACUAAGAAAUUUAAAAAAAGGGGACUGUCAUUCAUGCCAUUCACACCUAAAGACUGAAUUUUAUCUGUUUUGAAAAUGAACUUCUCUUGCUACACAGAAGCAACAAUAUGGUAGUCAGUUUUGUAUUUAGAAAUGUAAUGGUAGCAGGGAUGUUUUCAUAAUUUUUUCAGAGAUUAUGCAUUCUUCAUGGAUACUUUUUUGUAUUGCUGCUUGAAAAUAUGCGUUUCCAAACUUGAAAUAUAGGUGUGAACAGUGUGUACCAGUUAAGCUUUCACUUCAUUUGUGUUUUUUAAUUCAGGAUUUUAGACAUUUUCCCUGAUCUACAAACUGGUUUUUAAAUAUUGCACACUUUCUGUUUCCUUUAAUAUCUGCUUAGCAGAUUUUUAUCAGUCCACGGCUACUUGGGAUAUGUAAACCUUAAUUUGGCAAAAUGUUAGUACUGUGUGGAAUACUAACGUCUGGUAUAUUUUAAUUUAGUUUUAAUACUUCAUUUCAAACUUGGAAAAAAGUCAUUUUUUCAUCUGUUUGGUAGUUUGUGUAUGCAAAACCCUUAUUCAAAAUGGAUAUCAAAUACUUGAAAAAUAUUUCAAGCACAUUGGUUCAGUCAAAUAACUUUGUAUUGAUCCAGCAGUGAUGUGUGGAUAAUUGGCCUUAAACAAUUUUUAAAAUGAUAUAUCCCACCUUUCACUUUACCUUCUUUAGCUGUAUUUCCUCCCUUCAGCAGUUUUAGACAUUUUGCUGGUAAAAGUUGGUCUGAAUACUUAAUAUUCCUUAAGCAUCCUGCAGAUAGGAAUAACUUUUCCUGUUCCACAGGGUUGGGAAAGAGGAAUGGGCAGGGCAUAGAUUUCUAGUAGUCUACUUAUUCUGCAUCUGGCAGUGCAGUGGAUUUUAUAAAUACAUCAGUUUUUGAUGUAUUUGUAACACUAUUCCAUUAGCUGCAGUCCUUGUUCUGAAGAAACCAAAGGGCACUGCUUGGUUGGGAAGGAGGAAUAUUUGACUCGUGGAAGUCCUAAGAAAAAAAAAACUGCUUCAAAAGGUGACACCUGCAGUCUGCAUGGGGUAAUAACCAAAAACACACGUUCUCCAUCUCAUUCUGGAUUUUUUGCUCUAGUAUUUCACCUUUUGGUCUCUGAUUGCUAGCUGACGAAUGAAUGUUUUUCAUGGUGCGAUUUCUAAGAAGCUUCACUUACACCUGUAAAAUUUCUCAUAGGUUAACUUUAAUCCCUGUGAACAGGAACGUUACCACUUCCAAAAAUGCAAGGAGUUGAGAGAAUGACUAAUAAAAAUAAUUUCUUAGGGUUUAUUUUUUGGCUGCAGCAUAUUCUAGGAGACUAGAAACAGGAUUCUCAUUUUAUUUAAUGUUACACUCUAAGCAGCUUAUUACACAUUUGUAGUUUCUUAACUAGGUAGAUAGAAAACAGAUGGUAAUGCCCUAUUUUUUUAAAGCUGUACAGGACAGGCAAAAAGUAUUGGAGACCUUUGAAUAUGAAAAUGGCAAACUCCUUAAUUGUGGUGUUUAGUUGGCUUGCUUUAUCUGAAAUGUUUUCUACAAAAACUUUAUGUUGAUGUAAACCAGUGUUAAUAUUGGACUAGAGACACUUCAUGCACUCGCCUAUCGGUUUUAAAAACAGUGGGCUGAGAGAGAGGAGGCGGCAAGUUUUCAAAGAAAUGGUAACAUUUCUGGCACCUGGUUCAGUUCUCUUGACACUAAGUUAUGUCUUACGUAGGAGCCUGGCAUUAGGCUGUUCUCAUGUCUGGCACCGAGUAGUAAAUUAUCAGAAAUUUUGCUUCCCUGUCCCUUUAUCAUGGCACAUUUCCUGCCAGAGGUACAGUGAAGGCUUUUGAGAUCUGUUGGGAGCACAUUUGAUUAUGCAGCCACACAGAUACCUUCAUCUUGGUCCAUGCUGACUGUAAAAUUUUCUGUUCGAUAGCUCCUUCCUUAUACACAAACUGUCUGCUGUUUCCAGACAAACCAUGCUACUCCUGCAUUAGUCCAGCAUUUUAGGGUCCUAAUAGUGUGAUGUGACUUCAUCGUAGACGUUAGUGUUUCCAUUUAUCCCACACUAGAAUAUAGAGCAAUAUCUUGCAUAGUAUCACACUCCCCAUGUUUUCAAGACAGCCUGUACUUAAAAUUGGUCCAUCUGUUGUUCUGAUAGAUGUAAACUUGCCUCUUUCAGUCCAUUUGUGUCAAGAACUAAAACUGUGAACAUCUCUCUAAUAUUGGUGGGUGUUAACUGAAAUAAAGGUUUAUUUUCAUGCUCUUUUUAAAAAA